AUGCAGUUCAAAAACACAAUCAUCGCCUCAAUCCCAAUCCUAGGCGCCAUUGCGGCACCAACAGGUUCUUCCGGCAAGAAUCCCGAUGCGCCUGCCACAUUCCCAGCAGCUUACGGUCUAGUCGUUAGCACCCACGUGGAUCCAUUCCACUUCGAAACGGUCAAUGCCAACAGCGGCAAAUUCUGGCUUAAUCUUCCCUUGACCUCAACCUCUUGCCCAAGCGACGUUGCCUCUCAGGGCGCCUGUCCUCCCGGAACAGAUACUGUCUUCACGGGAGCAGGUGGUCUCGCCACCGUGGUGCCUGGCGGCCAACAAGCUUAUGCCCUGCAAACUGGAGAGCUCCGGUUCACCGGCGCGCAUGCCAACCUUGUCCCUCAAGGAGCAGUCAGUUCUCCUUUUGUGUACGAAUUUCAGGACGGCGCACAGUUCGGCUCCGUGACCAGCUACGCCUUUGGUGCUAAUGGAUUCAUGGCUUGCCCCACUCCAGGAAGCAGUGCCUACCAGGUCUUCCUCAAUGUGGCAAAUGCUCAGGUUCCUUUGGGUGACACCAGCGCCUGUGUUCUUCUUGGCUUCCUCGCUGUGCCUUACACUCAAGGAGAUGCUGCUGCCUGGCAGUACGACUAA